GGGGUCAAGACAUCUGGAUUCUAGGAAGGGGAGCAGGGCCCCAGAGGCGCGCACACGCUCCCGCGCGCACCCGGUCUGCGAGGAGCCUGCUGCUCAGGUGACUCCUCCUGGACCGCGGGGGCACCCAAGCCCUUGCCUACAGGGAGUUCUGACCUGAAGGGCUAGAGAGGGAAAUUACUCUUGUUCUUCUCCAGAGGCUUACCUCAGCUCCUGAUUCCUAAAAUGGAGCAAGAGGCCCGGCCGUGGGGCCUAGAUCCCCAGCGUCCUGAGGAGAUGGAGAGCCAGAAAGGCACCCUACCAGGCAGCGAGUGUGACAGACGGAAGAGUACGAGUGAGAAAGAUGAUGAGAUUUCUCAACACGAAAACUCCGAGAAUGGGGAUGUGGAAGAGAUUCCCUUUGGAGUGGAACCUCAGAGUCCAGGUUUUGAUGAAAUUCCUGAGAUGCCCCUGAGCCCUGAGGAGAAGGAUCCUCUUGAUCUCUCCUUGGAGGAUGAUCCCUUGGAUUCCUACACUGAGGGCUAUGAGGAUCCACCCCCCAAGGACCUGUCAAUGGGGACCACUUUUGAGAUGCCCUCAGGGACCCUGCUCUCAGACCCCCGCUUUGAGAUCCUUCAGGAGAAUCCACUCAACCUCACCCAGGCCAUCCGCAGCCAGUCUCGGCGGGGUGGGGGCCCUCGAGGGCAAGGGAGGCAGCCCCCUCGCCCCAACAUCUGUGGUAUCUGUGGGAAGAGCUUUGGUCGUGGCUCCACCCUGAUCCAACACCAGCGUAUCCAUACGGGAGAGAAACCUUAUAAGUGUGAAGUGUGUGGCAAAGCCUUCUCCCAGAGCUCCGAUCUCAUCAAGCAUCAGCGCACGCACACAGGCGAACGGCCAUAUAAGUGCCCCCGAUGUGGCAAGGCCUUUGCUGACAGCUCCUACCUGCUCCGCCACCAACGGACCCAUACAGGCCAGAAGCCCUAUAAGUGCCCGUACUGCGGCAAGGCCUUUGGCGACAGCUCCUACCUCCUGCGCCACCAGCGCACCCAUAGCCAUGAGCGACCCUACAGUUGCCCAGAUUGUGGCAAGUGCUACAGCCAGAACUCAUCCCUUCGCAGCCACCAGCGUGUUCAUACAGGGCAGAGGCCCUACAGCUGUGGCAUAUGUGGCAAGUCCUUCUCCCAGCGCUCGGCCCUCACCCCCCAUGCCCGAAGCCACACCCGGGAGAAGCCCUUCAAGUGCCCUGAGUGUGGGAAACGUUUUGGCCAGAGCUCUGUGCUUGCCAUUCAUGCCCGCACCCACCUACCUGGCCGUACCUACAGCUGUCCUGACUGUGGGAAAACCUUUAAUCGAUCAUCCACCCUGAUUCAGCACCAGCGCUCCCAUACGGGUGAACGGCCCUAUAAAUGUGCUAUUUGUGGAAAGGGCUUUUGCCGCUCCUCUACUCUUCUGCAGCAUCACCGUGUCCAUAGUGGUGAACGGCCCUACAAGUGUGACGACUGUGGCAAGGCCUUCUCGCAGAGUUCCGACCUCAUUCGCCACCAACGGACGCAUGCAGCUGGGCGGCGCUGAUCAUGGAAUCCCAGGAAGCAGGAAGAGGGUCAUAUUGGGAGGGGGUAGGGAUAAGCAGCCUAGAGAUAUAGGUAGAGUUGGGGGGGAGGGGAAAGGGAAAAGGGUUAGGGUCAGUUACUUGGUUUCAGAAAUGGAAAUUGAACACAAAAUCUCCCUUAGAAGCUGGGGUUAAAAAAUCUCUGUGCUACAGGAGAGGAAUCUAGGAAAGAAUUGAGCAUUCUGCCUUUUUCUGGGAAAAUAUUCCUGAGAAAGUUUUUAAAUAAAGGGGCAGGAGCCAAUAGCCAAGUGCAGGCCUUCCCUGUGCCCUCUGAAAGUCUUUGGGAGAAACAGGAGAGAAUAGGCAGAGAGCUUACUGCCUACACACCAGUGCCAUCUGCUGGAAUCCCAGAGAUGAUGAAUUGCUAGAUGUAGGGGAAUAGCUCGCUAAGUGGUUAGAUAGAGUGGGUAUUAGCUUAGUUGGGGGGCUCCCUAGGAGUCAGGGAGAGGGUGGGACUGAGGAUCAGGGUGGGGAUCCAGGUAUAUCUGGAUUGGGCCUGGCCCCAGCAUUGAGUCUGGGAUCUCCUCUGCCCCAUCCUGCUGCAUCAUCACUGAUUCAAUAAAAACCUCAAUAUGGAAA